AUGCUAAAGCAAGCUGCAAGAGCUCAGAAAUCGGACGUCAGCAAUAUCCAAUAUCACCAGUCCAAUGCAGAGUCUCUCCCCUUCAUUGCAUCGAAGACGGUUGAUCUGGUGAUCGCCUGUCAAGCAGCACAUUGGUUCGACCCUGAACCGCUCUGGAAAGAGAUGACACGAAUAGUCCGUCCUGGGGGUACUGUUGUUUUCUGGAACUGGGGCCACUACGUCGUAAUGGGACGCCCGCAGGUUAAUCGGGCCCUUCAAAAGUUCUUUUUUGAGGAUCUGGUACCGUACUGGCCUCAACCAGGGAUAUCAGUGUUCAACAAUGAAUGGAUGUAUCCCGUUGAAUGCCGGGACUUUGCUAACUGGACCGACCUUACAAGGUUGGUGAGUAUUCCUGCCGAUGAUGAUGCGCCUGGCGUGUUGGAGACGCCAGGAGCUAUAAAAAUGCGUGCAUCACAGACCCUUGGUAGUCUGGAGACCCUGAUACGGACAUUGAGUAUGGUCCAUGAAUGGCGCAAGGCACAUCCUGAAGCUUUAUCAGUAAAAGAGGGCGGAUGUGGCGACUGCGUGGACACUCUCAUGCGAGAUAUGAUCGAGGGCGACGAAAAAUGGCGCGCCUUUGUUACGUCGGGGGGCAAUUGGCGGGACAUCGAGGUAGAUCUCGAGAUGCGCAGCAUUCUGCUAAUGGCUCGAAGGAAACAGUCCCUGUCGUACUGCGCAGAUCCGCAUGAACGCCAGCCAUGA